AUUCUGAAGAAUUGUGACAGUAAGACAGUUAGACGGUAGGCGGGGUUUCCUAAUCACACGCUGUCAUUACAAUCCGCUCGAUGAACAGAUACAGUAAAAGACGGUCUUCACACAUGGCUGAAAAAAUGGAAUUACAGAGACAAAGAAAAAGAAGGGUGGCCAUCAAGGAUGAAGGGAGGAGGAAAGAGUGCAGGACUGCCACUGAAACUACACCACCAUCAGAAAAACCACAGCUGGAUGAGACGUUCCAUCGCUUUUCAUCCAGAAGCACACAGAGCAAAUCAGCUGGUUUGUUUUGUCUCGUCAGUGCAUGGUUUAAAUGUUAUUUUUUGUAAUAUAUGUUUUAUACUGGGUAAAAAGUUUAAAGGGUGGUUCCACAAUUGCUCUCUAGAAAUGGUGGGUUGAAUAUCCAGUUCAUAGAUACAAAGAUGGGUAAAUUAUUAAAGAUAAAAAGGUGAAGACUAAAAUUGUAGAAAUCUAGGAUUUUUCUAGAAAAGUAAUAUCCACAAAUGAAUUUAUAAAUACACUGUAAAAAAAAUCCAGUUGUUUUUAUAGUAUGAAAAAGCAGCUGUUGAUGCCAGUAUCAAAAGAAACAUAAUUCGUCCAUAAAUAAUAAAUUUAAUUAGACCAAAAUUAUACAGCAUGACCAAUGGGUUAAUGAAAUAAACCAGGCAUUUCUAGAGAGUUUUGAUUAUUUUUAUAAAGAAAGUAUGUUUGAAUGGAUAUUAUGUAUUUCUGAGUGCUAAAUGUGAAACUGGAUAUUUAUACUGUAGAUAUGUGAACAGUGUUGGGUAGUUACUCAAAAAAUGCUAUAUAUUAUUCAUUACUAGUUACUCCUUCCAAAAGUAAUAUUAUUACUUUCUGGCAACAGUAAUUAGUUACACUAUUAGAUACAUUACUUUUCUUUUACAGUUGUAAUUGCGUAUUAUCCCCAUAUCCUUCUGAAUAUAUUACUGCCUCAUCAUUUGACCAAAAACCACAUUGGAUCACAGUCACAAGUUACUACAAACACAGUGGUGAUUUAUAGUAACAUUUAAGUGUUGUACUGUUUUAAUCUCAUUAAUUGUUUAGCUUGAAGUUAAUAGUAGAUCUAAUUUCUCUGUUACCCAUAUUAUAGUCCAUGAUGUAUUUUAUAAAAAGAAAUCAUAAAAGCUCAUUAGAAAAUGUUUCGUACUCUAAAAAGAUUUUAUACAAUUUAAAUUGGGUUCAGAGGGAGGUAAGCAAUCAGACUGUAGGACUUCAAAUUAGUAAGGGUUGAGGCAUCGAAAGUAACAUGCCGUUUUAUGAAUAGUAACUGUAAUAUUAUUACUUAAAAUCAAAUUAAUAAUUAUUUACACUACUAGUUACUGCACAAAGUAAUUUUAAUACUGUAACUAGUUACUAGUAACUAUUACUCCCCAACACUCCAUGUGAACAAUGUACAUAGUGGAAAAAGUACCUACAGAGAGCCAUCAUUCUUUCAAAAAUAACUACAGUAUAAAAAAUAUAUGAUUGAAUCAUAAUAACUAAUUAAUAAAUAUAUUCAUAUUCAAUUUUGCGAUAAAAAUCUCUGAUUCUGGUAACAGAGAACAAACAGAAAUGGCUUGAUAAGUAUUCAACUCCAGCUGAACCUGACAAAAUUCCUGGAACAAAGUCAAUUGAAAACCUACUCCAAACUUGAGAGUUGAGGCAGCAGUGACUGGAGAACUUCGUUGGAGGUCAAUGACAGCUUUGAUGUAUGUCCAUGGAUGUUGGGCUACAGAAAUGUGUGAGGAGAGGGAAAAAAGAAAAGCAUUCUAAGCAAUCUUUCCGCUCCCUUGUCUUGGAGGAACUUUCUCAGGAUACCUUCUUGGGAUCUUGUGAUGGACACUGGCCUUUUUUCAUGAGAUUAUGGGAAAGCUGAUAAGCACUGACUUUACCUGAAAGCAGCAGGACCAGUGAUGAUGAUGCAAACUGAUUUUCAACCGUUUGCUGAGGAAAAUUUGCAAAGUUGAAUGAGUAAUACAGUGAAACAUUCAUACUUUCACCACAGGGUUUAAGAAUACUUAUCAAACCAUAUUAGAUGUACAGUGCUUGAAGUGGGAAGGUACUCACUGAUAUGCAGCAGGCCUUCCGGCAGUUCUGUGCUAUGCUGUUUACUGUACCAGACAUUUUUUUGUCGUACCAGCAGAUUAGUACUCUUUUCUGACCUGCUUGAAAACUGGUGGUUCACUGCCUGCUGCAUGGAUGUGGACACGCUGGAUCUCUCGCGCGCGUGAGCGUGGACACAUUGGGUCUCUUUUCAUUUCAAGCACUGGAUGUAUCGUUAUAAAAAGAGUGAAAACUUUCUGGAGGUACUAUGUCCAAGCUAUAUACUUCUGACUUUGUGGUCAAUAAUUCAAAUGGAACCACCUUUUAAACUACAAAUCAAUAAAAAUCUACAACAAACUGUGCAGAGUAAAUUAUUAAAAAAAAAAAAAAAAAAAAAAAAUUUCACAACGCAUUUUCUGUGUGGACAUGAUUUGGACUUCAGUGGACAUGGCAGUUACGCAGCGUGAUUGGAAAAGGCGGUCCAAAGACGUGUCUACACUCAGCAAGAAGUUUGCGAUACAGUAAGUGUAUCAACAUUUGGUACAACAUUCGAAGGACAAAGCUCCUGUAUGCUAAUGUGUCAGUAGCCCAUGCUACAAAGGAUUUGAGGUGGAUGAAGACAGACUUACCAGUCAAAGUUAGAUCUUCGAAAUAACGCCAUUAUUUCAUUUGGAGUGGGAACCUUUGCAGAAAUCAUGAAUAUUGAAGAACUUCUAGCAACUUGCAAGCUACAGUUUUCAGUGGUUACCCCUCAGUAUGCUUUAUAUUGGAACGCAUCCUCCUCAUCCCAGUUUGUGAUUUCUGAUUGAGUAGAUGAAGAAUUCCAAGUGGGAAGGAAUAUAUGAUUGCUUUCCCAUAAAGCCUUAAAUCAAGAUUAAGAUGGGAUACCUGCAAGCACUUUGACCUCUAAUAUGAUGCUUAAUACAAUGUGUUUUGUGAUAUGGAAAGUGAGUGGAUAUGUUGGUGUCAUGUCCUCAGUCAUGCAUUGCAUUGUACAAUAAUGCAAUUGAAGCUGGUAGAAUGGAAGGAGAAGAUGAUUUCAAGAUUUUUUGGAGGGAAGUUUUUUUACAUUGACAAAUCAAGAAUUGUUGUCAAAGUAAGGAUCACUCGUAGACCGAAGAAACCUUCAUUUUGAUACAGCUGCCUGAAACUGUCACAGUACAUGGCAGUUUAUUCAAGAUUUGACUCAAUCAUGGCAGGGAUGUUUUUAACCAGCUUACUUGGCAACAGCGCUCAGAUGGUUACAUGUAUCCAAAAGCUUCCAUCCAGAAAUAUUUGGGUUCCUUUUCCUAUUUUGAAGAAAAUUAUCUGCAGGCUUUUCGGAGUGCAUUAAUUCUGAACUUCAUAAUUCGGUAUAUUUGGAGAAUAUACCGAAAUACCGCUGUUUUCAUGGAUUUCCACGUUUACAUCAUUGACCUGAAAAGUGGACAUUGUGGCAGAAUGAUUUUCUCCUCUACUUCUUCUCAAGAACAUGCAAUGGAGAAGACAUGUUGAGAAGCACGCCUAACCAAACAUCCUCACUGCCUUCGGAAAUCCACGAAAAACAGCAAACAAAGAAGACCAUAUCUAGCAUCAGAAAUGGUGCAGAUACCUUUUCUGAAGAUGCAGUCCCAGAUGAAAACUCUUCUGCCAAAAGGCUGGAAGUCUGUGACAACUAUCCUCAGUGUGAUUCAGAAGAAGUGUGUUUACCUGAAACCAACCACAAUGCUGCGCCUUCUUCUGUGAAGGAUGACGCAAGCCAACGGAACAAAAAAGAUGAUCACAAGAUUGCCUUACUCUCCGGUAAAGAGGAGCCAUAUUUGUCACCUCUCAACUCACCAAAGAGAUGUUUAAUUAACUGCUCACCUGAAGAUGAAACAUUCACUGUGGGAAAUGGCAAACGAAAAAGAACAAGUGACUACAGUCAGCCUGAGGACUACAAAGGUCCUAAGAUUGGCUCGGAUUGGGAGGACAGAGGGAACAACCGGUCCAGUUGCGAGGGGAAAGAAAACAAACCACACGUCAACCUGUCAUUCGAGCCAGAGCUAAUGAGGAAGAAGAGGUUUUUAUAUGAAAUUCCUGAAACAUUUGGUCAAAAUUCAGAAGAUGGAAACUCCACUGCAAAAAUGCCUGAUCAGCCAUCUGGAGUGCGUACAUCCUGGGAAAGAUGUCCCGUUGAACAAAUUAAAAACAUUGCUGAUAGGAGCAUUGAAGACCUAAACACUGACAUCAGUGAGCCAAUCAGAAUAAGCGAUUUUUCCCACUAUGCCAAAGUAAUUGAUUAUCUCAUCAGAUUUUGGUGGCAACAGGAAAAGCAUGAAAGGCAGGAUGUCACCAUUUCAGUUGGUGGAUAUUCAGUACGGUUGCAGGGAAGUGAUCUGUACUGUUGUCCAGUCAGAAAAUAUGAGAAAGAGAUACAACUUCAUGACAAACAUCUUAAUUAUGCAACACUGAAACCAUCAAAAGAAAUUGCUAAAAACUAUUCGGAUACAAUUUGGAACUACAUUAAGGGCCACCAUGACAAGGUGGAAUCUUGUGUACUGACACCUCAAGACGCCAUUGCAGUGUGUGCUAUUCUGUUCUCAGAAGUUAUUAGGUAUCCUAGCAUGUUUUUCCACAACAUUCUUUUGAUGCAUUGUUAUAAAUCAUGGAGUGAGUUUAGUGACUAUCAUCCCAUGGUAACAGGAGGUUCUUGGAAACAUCAGAACAAAGACGAACCUCCAGAGAAAGUUGUAAAGAGAGAACAAGAAAACCUUGUAGUUUGUGCUAAGAAAAUAAUGAGGGAUGAGUGGAAAAGAGGCACUCUAUUUAAAGUUACCUUGCAAGUUUGAACAACCAGAACCGGAAAAUGUGUGAAUAACACACAAAUAUAAACUGGGGGGCUCUUUUUGAGAGAGGCUUUUGGGGUAUGGGAGCUGAACACGCAGCAACCCUUGAAGUUUCACCCGAAGAGAGGUCUCCCAAACCAAUGAAUAUUUUGUAUAUAUAUUUUUUACUAUUUUUAUUAUAUUUAUGGUUUUAUUUAAUAUUUAUGUAUUUGUAAUGUCGUUUUACACUAAAUAUGUUAAUAAAUAUGAUUUAUUGACUUCA